AUGUGGCACUCCUCCCCCUCGAACUCCGCCCCCCUGGACCCGCCCAGCGCCUGGCGAAGGAUGCAGCCCCAGCCCGCCGGCGACCGCCACCCGGGACAGCCGGCCGACGCACCCGCCCGCCCCGCCGGCCUGCUCUGCAGCUCCGACUCGAUCUCCUUCGCCCACCACGAGGAGGGAGACGAGGAUGUGGACUUGAUCUUGCGCGGCCAUCUGCAGCCGUCCGUCGCCAUCCUGGUCACCGAGGCCGACCUGGACGAGCCCGGCCGAUCGCCGCAUGAGCCGACGGACUGGCUGAACCUCACGUGUCGGCUGAUCGAGCGCUUCGAUGCGGAGAUCUACCUCCUGAGCUCCUGGGACCCGGAAGCCAGCGCGGGCUUCGAGCAGCACGGGGAAGAAGAAGACGAGCGGGAACGGAUGCGGGCCAAGAUGGGCCGCUGUUCCCGCGCGCCCGACCUCCCCAUCCAUCUCCUCCCCCACACCUCCACCACCUCCAGACUGCCCCAUCCUUCCCUCCUUGCGGCUAUCGAACAACUCAUCCAUUCCCAGCCGAGCCUCGAACUCUUGCUCUAUCGCGUCCGGAAAGACGACCCGCUCAUGCUCCCCAACAGUCUCCUCAAGCAGCCUCCCCAUCGCCAGCCCCCCCGGCAGCAGAAUGAUCAGCCGUUCGAUUCUGAUACAAACGAUCAGGCGCUUCCCGAUCUCGAGUGCGUCCUGAUCGGGCUGCCGGAAGAUGAGCUCUCGGCUGCCGAUUGGAUCCUUGGCCUCGAGUUACAAGCCUUAAAAAAAUGGCAUCAGCCCCAGAUUGAUAUCUCGGUGAUUACGAACGACCGCUCGAUGUCGCUGGCGAGGCUAUUGGGCUCAUUGGAGCGAGCGGCGUACUACGGAGACCGAGUGAACCUGGUGAUCAACAUGGAGCAAACGGCGGACCAGCAGACCCGCACGUUAGUGGAAGGGUUUAUGUGGAAGCACGGAUCGAAGACGGUCCGGAAGCGGAUCAUCCAGGGGGGUCUGUUACCAGCGGUGGUAGAGUCGUGGUACCCUUCGUCGGCGCACGACUCGUACGGGGUGUUACUGGAGGACGACGUGGAGGUAUCGGGGUACUUCUACGGCUGGUUGAAGUUCGCGGUGCUCGGCUACCGAUACUCGGGCCGGCCGGCGGGGAAAAUCUACGGGAUCUCGCUGUACCAGCCGCAGCACAGCGAGCUGCGCCCGGAGGGCCGUCGGCCGUUCCAUGCGCCCGACCUUCUCGCCGGACUCGGCGUCCAUCCCCCCACGAUGCCCUACGCCUCACAGGUGCCCUGCUCCUGGGGCGCACUCUUCUUUCCCGAGACUUGGACCGCCUUCGAGCGCUACCUCACCUUCAGACUCGCCAACCAGAUCCCCGGCCUCCCGCUCCAUCAGCCCGUCAUCCCCAGCCCCAUCCGCUCCAACCGCUGGCCCAAGAGCUGGAAGAAAUACCUGAUCGAGUGGGUCUACCUGCGUGGCCUCGUCAUGAUCUAUCCGAACUACCACCAUCUCCUCAACCGCCCUAACCCUCCCGAGGGAGACCAACAGGACACUCCCGAGGAUGCCCGGGCAGGGGAUCAGGUGUGGGUGCCGAUCGGGCUGUCGACGAAUCAUCUCGAGAUUGGCACCCAUGUCCACAACCGGGCGUACCGGGCGAAAGCUAGCCACAAGGCGGAGUACGAGCAGCACCAACGAAGCAAGCUGCGGUACACGAAGUGGGAAGACACGCGCGGAGGAGGCCAGGCCCGGAUGGCAUGGGGAGCUGUCGAUGCUUCGGAGGAGCGAGAGAGGAAGGCGGAGCUGGCGGCGGCCCAAGUCAAGCGCGAGUUCGCCAUCGCCCUCAAGCCGCUCUCCCCCGCCCACUCGCUCCUCGACGGCCUCAGCCCGCCAGGCUUCCCGGCCCGUCUGCCCACGCUCGACUCGCUCGUCGUCUUCGACCUCUGGGCCGAGCCCGGCUCCCUCCUCAUCCUCCAAAACCGCGGCUUCUUCGCCGCACUCGCCUCCGGCAUCUGUGACCCCUUCGACAGCCUCCUCCGUAACCAUCACGCCGCUCGGAACUCUCCCUCUUCCCUCCCCCUCCCCUCUGAUCGCCUCCAAAUGCUCGCCGCUAUUUACUUUGUCCUCACCUCGAUUGAUCAGGCCCUCCGACAUGGAGGCCCUGAAGCGCCAAUCUGGGCACUUUUUUGA